CGUUAAUAUACCAGUGUUCUUAUUAUUCAUACUGACUAUAUAUCCAUCUAUCCAACAUGAAUGAACACCCCCAUCCACUGCCUAAAAGCGUCAAAGUCCGCUCUACCUGCAACGCCUGCCAACAAGCCAAGAUCCGUUGCAGCCAUGAAAAGCCAGCUUGUCGUCGGUGUCAGAAACAUAACAUCGACUGCGUCUACAGCAUAUCGCGACGGUUAGGGAGGCCAGCGAAGAAGAAAGAUGUCGACGACGAGAGCGACUAUCGUCGCGAUCGUGAGUUUCUAGAUGGGCCUAGGAAGCAAGAGUCGCGAGCGCGGAACGGUUCCAAGAACAGUAACAGCAAUAACAGCAGUAACAAUAACAGAAAGAAGAUGAUGAAGUUAGAAGACGAGCAAGAGACUGUGUUGGAUGAUACUCUACUGCUACUGGACAAGGCAGGUGGGAGCCAAAGUGUUUUGGACCCUGUUGGUGUGAUAGAUUCGGUUCCAAGUUUACCGGGCGAUUGCUUUUUGGAUCAGGCUACUCCCACAGCUUUGUUCGCGGAUAGUGGCUUCGAUCUAUUUUCCGAUAGCUGGGUGCAAGAGUUCAUUGCCAACCCGCCGGUCGAUCUCGCGCAGGAAGGUUUACUGCUGGAUUCGAUUGUGAGCAGCGUCAAGCCUGAGAGUACUGGUGGUCGUUCUCCAGUAGAUCCGAAGCAUAGCUCGACAAGCUUUAUUCAAGAUACACCGCUUAUCGCAGCCACGACCUUGGAGAAUAUUCAGGAUAUUAUGGACGCCCCAUCAGAGGCAAAGUAUCUGAAGGAGGACCCCCUGGCUUGGUCGCUGCCAUUCUCCACGAUGGACAAUUUCCCAACCCGACAGAUAGCCACCGAAACUACUGCAUUUGCUCAAGCGAAGAUGACAAAGAGACCAUACCUAUAUGGCCUCCCUGCGGGAGAGAUGAAACCUGUGUCAGCCGUUCUAGCGCCGCACGCAUAUCAAUUCCAGUGUCACGAAUACACGAUCCAGGAAUCGUUCAGGCAGAUGUCGAUCGCCAUAAGGAUGGGACCGUAUAUGUCGAUUGACCAUAUUCUUCACUGUCAACGUAUGCUGCUGAAUGUAUCCGAUACCAUUCUCAAAUGUUGCGUCUGCUGCAUCACGAAGAGGGAUAUACUCAUGGUCAUCGUUGUCAAUAUCGACAGUCUGAUGACGAAUCUGGAGGCUAUAACGACAGGGGAAGCUGGGAAUCCACAAAGACUGCUUUACAACGGGUAUCAUGAGCAUAUACUGCCUGAUUGCAAGCAGGAUAUUCCAGGAAAUGUGAGCAGACGGUACCGGAGUGGUGGACUGCAUUUCAGGAGUCAAAUUGAUGCUUGUCCAUUGGUAGUGGGCAAGUUCUGCGUCCAGUCUGGUGACAAGUUCUUCUGCAUCUUGCAGAUCUUGUACAGUCAAUUAUCGGAUCUGCUGUCAACGGUCAAAAGAAUCACACUUUAUACGCAAGAAUCGUCCGCUCGCGUAUCUCUGACUAAGGAUACUGAGAGGCGGUUGGAGGAUGUUAUGUUGCAGAUGAAGAGGAUGACUAGGGUGUAGGCGAUGGCUCUGCGGUUCAUAGUUUAGAGACUUUGUAGUGAUCAGUUUUAAGUCGACUAUUGGUUGCAUUUUCCACGCCGUUUCUAGGCCGUAUCCUGCUUCUGAACUCCCGUAGCUCCUAUAUCAGGAAACAAUCAGUAUUGCCUUCAGUUUAUUGCCAAAGCAGGGGUCUACUUCUCGUAUUCAGUUCAAGUCAAAUUGCUAUACGUCGACCAGCCUACCGGUCACAACGAUAUCUGUGCAACCCACUGCGGGUCGAAUGACAACAUGUUCCACGACGAACAGGCUGUCCAGAUAUUCUGGACCAACAAAGCCAAUUCCUUCAAGGUUGACCGGAAUUGUGAGGCUGCCAUGAAUCACACCCACCGAGGUCGUACUUGAAUGGAACGACACGUGAAGGCAAGUAUGAAGUUAGAUUAAGUCAUAUUCCAAGCCCUCCAUCACACAGCAUCUGGA